GGGGUGGGGGCGCUGUUGCGGGCCACCACCUUCAGUUCUCGAUGACGAAGAAGAAAAAUAACAGCACGUGCUUCCUGUUUCUCCAGAAGUGGCGUGAAACGCUGUGAAAAUGGUUCGUAAAUUAAAGUAUCACGAACAGAAGUUGUUGAAGAAGGUCGACUUCAUCAACUGGGAGGUGGACAACAACCUGCACGAGGUCAAGGUGUUGCGGAAGUAUCACAUCGAGAAAAGGGAGGACUACACCAAGUACAACAAGCUUAGUCGGAAUGUCAGAGACCUGGCCAGAAAAAUCAGAGACCUGGAUGAGAAAGAUGGCUUCAGAGCACAGAGCACACAUCAAUUACUGGAAAAACUAUACAGCAUUGGUCUCAUCCCCACCAGACAGAAUUUGUCCCUCACAGAGAAAGUCACAGCUUCUUCAUUCUGCAGGAGGCGGCUGCCCAGCAUCAUGUUGAAUCUUCGUAUGGCUCAGAACCUGAAGACGGCAAUUACUUUCAUCGAACAAGGGCAUGUGCGUGUUGGCCCGGAUAUUGUUACAGACCCAGCGUUUCUAGUCACAAGAAAUAUGGAAGAUUUCGUCACAUGGGUGGACUCCUCGAAGAUCAAGCAGCACGUGAUGAAUUACAAUGAAGAGCGGGACGACUUUGAUAUGAUGGCAUAAAUCUGUUCUCCCAAAGUCAUUCAUCACACUGAGCGAUGGAAAGAAGAUCUCUGCUUUUUUUUUUACUUUGCUGAGGAAAAACUACAGUCUGGGUUCCUUUUAUUAUGGAAACUGGGGGAAAAGUGAAAAGUGCUCCUGCGUCCCCAGAACCCAGGACUUACUCGAGUAGUCCGGAGAACAAAGAGGAAUUUUACUGUUGUCACACUUUGACAGAAGCUCUUGUAUUUGAACGGCAGCUGUAAAAUGUGUGUCAGUGAGUGUCCAAGUAUAACUGAUUGUAAAAGUUGAGGUGAGUCUGUAUUGUUGUCACUAAAGCUGCAGAAACGCCACUACCACAAGAUUUUGUAAACUUUUUAAAAAGAUGGGCAUACCCUAAACCUACAUUUAUUCUAAUGACCAGCAGGGGGUGACUUCGGUGUUUGCCAGUUUUAUAGAAGUUUAUAGGAAAAUGCCUCUUAGCGCCCUCUUUUUGUAACCUCAAUAAAUGAUUCCCUGAUGCGUUCAUGGACUCAAUCACCAGUUCUCAGCCUUAGUUAAUACAGCUUGUUUAUUUUGUAAGUCAUGGUCCUUGUUGGUGUCCAACAUCCCUCAGUUUUAUUGUGUGAAGGGCAAAUGGCAAUGACAAAAAAAAGUGUAGCUCGAAUUUUAAAAAAUAAAAAAGCUUUUCG